UUAUUAGGUCUUUGUGAUGUACAGAGGUGGUUUAUUUUACAGGAACUUAAGUACCAUUAGCUCUGAACCUCUGCAGGGCUUCAGUGUUUUGUCUGCUUGUAGGAUUAAAAACAACUGCUGUUAAACCUUUUGUUGCCAUUCACAGAUGGUGCUUGGUCAUUUUCAGUUCCUCAGUUCUCAGUAUGAGGUAAUGAUUAGGUACCUUCCACUAGGGGAUUGUGUUUACACUUUGUAUCAAGUACAGCUCUGAAAGUACAUGAUGUAGUGUAUGUUCAAAGGGGAAUUUAACCACAUUCCCUACCCAGAGUUCCCUAAGCAAGGGGGGACCUUUGUACCUCUUCCGCAUAAAAACAGAAAAUACUCUGGAAUCCAAACAGGGGAAAAAUGGCUCCUGAAGGCCAUCUUCCUUUGCUUUGUACCCUGAUCUGUAAUAUGGCGUUCAGCAUUUGUGGAACAGAAGGACAGAAGUUUGCUGAGCCAGAGGUGACAAUUGCACUUGGGCGGCUCAAAGGGAAACAAGCAAACGUAAAAGGAACAGACAGACUUGUAGAUGUCUUCCUUGGAAUUCCUUUUGCAAAAGCACCUGUUGGAUCCUUGAGGUUUUCCCCACCUGAACCACCUGAAGCCUGGAAUGAUCUGAGAGAUGCAACUUCCUACCCACCACUAUGUCCUCAAGAUCUGACCAUACUGAAAAGAAUUGAAAAAAACUGGAAAGAAAAACACCCUCCAUUCCAAACUUCUGAAGACUGUUUGUAUCUGAAUAUUUACAGCCCUGCUGGUUCAGAUAAGAAGGACAAAUUACCUGUAAUGGUGUGGAUCCAUGGUGGCAAUUUUAUAUUUGGCGGUGCUUCUAGGUAUGAUGGUUCUGCACUUGCAGCUUAUGAGAAUGUUGUGGUAGUAGUAAUUCAGUACAGACUUGGACUUCUUGGAUUCUUCAGUACUGGUGAUGAACAUGCUCGUGGGAACUGGGCAUUUUUGGAUCAAGUAGCAGCUCUUUGGUGGAUCCAGGAAAACAUUCAACAUUUUGGUGGAGAUCCAGGAUCUGUCACACUCUUUGGUGUAUCAGCAGGAUCUUGCUGUGUUUCUGCACAUGUUCUGUCUCCUUUGUCUAAGGGUCUAUUUCAUAAGGCAAUAUCAGAGAGUGGGAUUAUAAUUCCCCCUAAUAAGGAUUUACUACUUUCAGCAAAUCUUAAGAGAAUUGCAAGUAUAUUUAAGUGUGAGGCAGACACUUCACUCUCACUAACAAAUUGUUUAAGGAACAAGGAAGCAAAGGAUAUAGUCUUUAACAGUACGGAAAUCCUAUUUCUACCCUUAGUUUUGGAUGGAGUAUUUCUUCAUAAGUCACCUGAAGAAAUAUUGGCUGGAAAAGAAUUUAAUGCAGUCCCAUUUAUGAUAGGAGUCACGAACAAUGAAUUUGGCUGGAAUAUUCGAUCUACGUCAGUAAUACCAGGUUUGAAGGAAGUGGGAGAUAAAAAAUCAGUCGCAUCAGCUUUAGAGAUUCUGCGUCCAAUGAUGGGUGUAUCAUCAGAGCUUCUGUCCAUGAUAAUAGAUGAGUAUCUAGGAGACACAGAUGAUCCUGCUGAGCUACGGGACCGAUUUCUGGACUUGCUGGGAGAUGCAGCAAUUGUUAUACCAUCCAUUAAAAUGCUGAAUUAUCACAAGGAGUCUGGAGCUCCAACCUACUUCUUUGAAUAUCAGCAUCGGCCCACUUUAUACUGGGAUACUAAACCAGAGUAUGUGAAAGCUGAUCAUGGAGAUGAAGUUAGCUUUGUCUUUGGAGGACCAUAUCUGGCAGGUGACAUACGCCUACGUGAUGAAGUUACAGAGGAAGAAAAGAACCUUAGUAGAACGCUAAUGAAGUACUGGGCUAACUUUGCUCGAAAUGGAAAUCCGAAUGGGGAAGGUUUAGUUGAAUGGCCAUCUUAUAACCUAAAUGAAGAAUACUUAGAGAUAAAUCUCAAGCAAAAGAAAGCCAGGAAAUUGAAAGAAAAGAAGGUGGACUUCUGGAGAAAGGUGAUAUUUGAAAAGAUAAAUGAUGAAAGAAUGGAAAGCAGGAAGAUUAAUUCAGAGUUAUAGUUUACAGUCUAAACAUAUGCAUAGUAGGCAUACUGUUAUGAUAGCAAAAGAAAUUAUUUAAAAUAUUUUAAAGGAUAAAGUGAUGUUUCUUCUCCUUUCACUUUUUCUUUGCACUUUUUCUUGUCACAUUUACAGAUAUUCACCAUAAUGAUUAUAAUUUAUCUGUUUCUGUUUUGUGAUCCUUUUUUCCUGGGUUCACGUCCACAACAGAACUCUGAUUUAUUAAACAUAGUUACCAGAUUUCUCUUCUGCUCAGGUUUUAUCUCUGUUUCCCAUGACUGAAGGCAGAAUGUAGCAGCAACAUUGUUUUAUUAUAAUGAAGUCAAUAAAGACCUGAUUUGCAAAUAGAACUGUCUGUCUGAUGUCAAGUGUAUCGGUGAUGGUACAGAAGUUCUGGUCCGAUUCACAUACAGCAAUGUUCUUCAUGAAAAGAACUGAAACCAAAAAAUGUUCUGUUUCUUAAGUCAGUUUUAUAGCAGUGACAAUGGUCAGUGUCCGGUAUGUUUCUGACUGUUGAGGUACAUAAUCUGUAAGAGUAGUGCUGGAAUUAAGACUUCUCUCAACUCUUAGGAAAGGGGGAAACGGUCUCUACUACCAACAGGUUUUUUUUUUCCUUUUAGUUUUAUAACAACUGUGGUGACAUUAAUUGCACACUUUCUGUCUUUUUCCUGGUGCUUAUUUUAUUGGGGGAGGCUUCUAUGUACCAUCGGUCACUUCCUGGUUCUCUGUGUGCAUUGGGUCACAGGCUUUCAGUACUAGCACUGGAGAGAGUUGUUUACCAGAAUUAUUGCAACACCCUUAUCAGUUGAUAUGCACUAGGAUGGCCAAGAACAAAUCUUGAAUGCGUUAUUUCAGUGUUGUGAAGAACUUCUCUGCUAUGUCCUGUUUGCUUUCUAUGUGUGGCCCCUAGGUUACUCCAGCUGUUCCAGCCGUAUUCCCGACCAUACUGCUACCUUGCACCUACAGCAUUUUGUAGCUCCAUAGACCCUACAGGGUACUGCACAUCUGUUCUCCCUUUUUUAUCCUUCUUUUAUCUCCCGUCUUUAUCUUUGGAACAGUUUACUAAGGUUGUUCUCAGCUAAUCAUGUCCUGCAACAAGUAACUGGCCGUUCUUUCUUUCUGAAUGAUUUUGUCCGAGGAAAUAAGGUGGAGUUUCCUGUAUCCUUCUGCACAAAUUCUACUGCCUGUCAGAAGUGGAGAGGUGAGGUUAGACUAUUAGCACAACUGCUGUUUUGGUAAACAAAACCUUGUGCUUUGUUUUGUGCUUUGUUUUAGCUAGCACAUUUUGUGAGGAGAGUAUAAUCUCUAGCCUGACGGAUUUUCAUUAGACUUACAGUUCCAUGGCAGCAUGAACGAAAAGUAGGCAGUGUUGUAUGUAUAUAUGCACAGAAGGUAUGGGUUAUGUUAUGUGUGGGGAAGUGCAGUGAAACCAACUUCUUGUGCAGAGGUGCAGCGCUAAAAAUAAAAUGAUCAUGUCAAAAGAUUUUAUUCCUGUCUACUUAGCAGCGAGUGCUCAGAUACUCUGUGCCACCCCAGGGACAUCCUGAUGUGAGAUUAUCACGUGCCCAGAGACAGAGUGAUAAAGCUGUCUGAACACUAAGCUUCAUAAACUCUAGCACUGAGUUUCAUACACUCCGGUUUCAUUGGUUCACCUGAACGCUCAUGGAUUUAGAAGCAGAAAUCAUUGUUUAUCCCUUGCUUUGAUUAAUUUCUUUCACAGAGUUUGAUGCUUGAUAAAUGGCUGUGUGAUUUUUCUAAUACAACCUCAUUUGCAAAUGCAGGUUCAAUAACAGCUUCUUUUAGCUCUCCCAAAGAGAGCUAAAAUCCAGUGGGAUUAUUCUGAGAAAGAAUCAUAACACAUGGAAUUGUCUUUAUAAGUGGACACUAUGCCAAAUAUACUGUCACAUGUGUUUUCCCAUACAAGCUUAAGUUGCUCUUCUAUUUGGUUGUUUUCUCUCUGCAGAAUAUAACACAGGUACAUUGAAAUCCACUCAAAAUUCAGCUUAGUAAUAGAUAUUACCAGGUUUUCCUUGAUACCUAGCCUGAAGAUUUUACAGAUGACUGCUGCCUUUUAGCUUUGACACGCUUCUGAAAAGGAAGUUGAGAACAAGCAUGAUGCUCCUGAUACGAUCAAGUAUACAAGCAAGAGUGAAGGUAAGAGUGAAGAGCGGGAGUUUGUCGUUGCUCUGUGAGUUUUCCUGUAGAAGGCCAACCCCAGUGUUAGUUUAUUGAUUCAGUCUUCACCAGAGGCCAAGUAAAAAAACAACCCAACCUUGUUUUAAAUGCAGAUUUCUAAACAUUUCUACCAAGCGUAUUUGAAACAAAACAUAACUGUGAGCGCUUACAUAAUUAUAGGCUCAUCACUCUGAUAUUUGUCUUUACUCUUUCAGCUACUGAAAUCAAGAAAAGUAGUAGUGCAUUAAAGCAUAGGCAAGCGUCGUCUCAUGGCAAAGUUAAUCUGGCUUGGUCCCUGACUUGUGCAUUGUUGGCAGAUUUAGAGUAAACUGCAAAAGAUUCUCUCUUAAAAUAAAAUGCCAAAAAGGAUUCAGGAUUUCCGCUUGUCAGGUACGUAGCACUGUCUCCAGGUUCCACAACGUUGGUGUAUGUCACGAGGGUAAGGAUUGUCACAUACAGAACCAUACAAAGGAUCUACAGGCAAGGCAGUACGGAAACAAAAUCCCGUUUAUUUAGUGUCUUAUGUAAAUGAGAUUAGCAGAGUUUGCAGAAACUAAUUUCCACUAGUAAUAUUUUCAGGGUAACUGCUUCCUUUGGCCUUCAAGUUGUACAUCUCUGGGACUGUGGACAAGAUAAUGCUGAUACUUUUUGCAGAAUGGGUACUUCCAAGGGAAGAAAUGGGUAGAACAAGGAUUGAAGAGUGGGGCUUGGAAAAAAUAGAAUAGUAAACAAAGAAGGAAAUAAAGGUGGAAAAAUUUGGAAAGGACGGAGUUUGGAAAACCAGUAACGAUCAACAGAUAGAAAACAAACUGCUUACAGAAAUAAGGUUAGUUUUAGCAAGAGAGAAGAGCAACAAGCAGAGAACACAGCAUUUGGCUUUGUAGCAAAGGAUUGCUGCAGUUUGUGAGUCACAAAUGAGUUUAGACCUCAUGCAUGCCCACCGGAUGGUGGGAUGGAAGUUGAGUCACAAGCAGGGACUGUCAUAGCUCCAUCUAGCAUAUAAACAGUUUUCCCACGAGCCAAAGCAGUGCAAGGUAAAUGGCGAUGGUGAGAGAAUUUGCAACAGCAUUCAGGCAGAUCUGUGUAAACUGAUAGGGUAUCUGAAGGCUAUCACACUUUUUUUCCCCUAUCCUGGUCAUAAACUAACAACAUCCAUUUAUUGCCCAGUCCAGCCUUUCACAAGCAACAAAGGAAUAUAUUCUCCCUGUUCUGUUGCUGACAGACAAUACCAUACCAAAAUUUUAAGUAUUGACAGUAACCGGCACAAGGUAAUUCUAGACAUGCAUCUUCAACCAGUUUCCCUUGUUCCAGAAAAGCCCUUGGUUGGGGUUUCUGACUUCCUGGAGUGCUUUGGAGGAAGGGAAAUGACUCAGCAGAAUGAUAAUGAAGAGGUGGAGUACCCGCCUUUUUUUUAGGAAGCGCUACCCCACUGGUUGAGCAUGUAACUGCAGUUCAACUGCUCCUAUGCUUUUCUGUGGAGUCUGAAGAACGGCUGUAAGUUGGGUGCCUAGGAGAUUACUUGACUGAACACGGAGGCAUUUUGUUUUCAUACUUUUUGUUCUUGUAGUCGUUAUUUUGAAGUUAAAGAGCAGCUUAUAAUGAAUAACUUUGUAUGUACUGUUUCUACUAAGUCCACCACUGUUGACUAGUUACUGUGUUAAGGUGUCCAGGGAAUGUGCUUUGGAUGCUGCAUCUGUUUAGCCUGCUCCAUUAAUGAAGAUGGAACCUUCUUUUGUCAGUCCCGGUACAAGUGAAACAAAUAAUCAGAAACCUCCUUCCUUUUCCCCAUUUCUCAUUGUUACCAGGUUCCUAGGGGCAAACAGCAAUGCAGAGUUUGCAACUACACGGUAUUCUCACACUUUCCUUCCAGGAAACCUUUGUUGCAUAGAUAAGCUCCUUGCACUCCGGCCACCUCUUUCCGUUCAUUACAUUUAACAGUAGGUACAUCUAGCAGUACAGUGUAGACUUUACGUUCAUGAAAGUACAGACUAAUCCCAACCCAGUUUUCUUGAUGUUUAUUAAUGUAAAUUUCACUCUUCAGAAACAAUACGAGAAAAACAGUAUCAGACCAUCAGACCUUACAGCAGUAAAACUUCUGCAACCAAAUUAUUUUCCAUUUUGUUUUCUUAGAGGCUCAAAUUUAUGGUAUUUUUCCCUUUGCCAAUGUAUACCAGGCACUAACUACACGUUCAGAAACAGCUGAUAACCUAGCUAGCCUUGGCAUUAGUGACAAGGUAGCUGCUGCAGCACAGCGCUCAGGACAGAAGUUCAGUACAGAGCUCAGGGCAAAAGUCAUAAGCAGAGUGAAUAUGAAUACUUAGAUAUUCAGUAUGUGCGUAACAUACACAUACAUGUAUGUAUGCAUGUCAGAGAACAACGGGAGACAAGCACAUCCGAUGAUGAUCAACAAGUCUCAGUUUAUUCAGAAUUAUCUUAUAUAACAGAGUUAAUUAGCUCAUACAUAUUGCAAAAGCCAAGCUCCUUAUAGGUGGCUACAGUAGAAGGCAUUGUUAUCUAUUAAAUGGAUACAGUAGAAGGCUAUGCAUCUUUUCCCAAGACACUAGUAGCAAGUCAUGUACCUUUCCCAGGACACUAGUAGCAAGUCAUGUACUUUUCUCAAGACACUGGUAUCUACAUUAUUUUCUAGUUUCUAAACCAAGGUCCUGCAUUCCGUGUCUAGCUACAUUUAAGCAGGUCUUGUGAUCUUGUUGUCAUGCCCCUUGUCACGUAGCCACUAUUCAAUAAUAUCAUCUACAUAUGCAUGCAUGUAUGAAGCUACCUGCCAACAGUUUACUCCCUGAGCAGUCUAGUUUAAAGCUAGCUUGGAUUUACUUAUGUGAGCUGAAAGUCAUACCAAUGCAGACAUCUUUGGGAAAGUCUUAAGAGUAAAAGAUUUCUUCAAAGUACGUGAGUAAAUCCAUAGCACACAGGACUAUUACAUGCUUAAAAUAUGUGCUGAACUGAUUUCAUGACUGCGAGGCUUUAAGGCUCACAUAGCCGAAAACGAAUGUGCAAGCACUAAAAUGAUCCGUAGAAAAGCUGUCUCUGACAACUGAGAAUUCUCAUGGUAUAAAAUUACAAAACAUGGAGCCUUUCUGGGGCAAGAGCUACUGAGCCUUGCCAAAAAACACAGGCAGAGGCCAAAGCUUACGAAGGGGAAACACAGAACAAACAUGACCGACUGGUUACAGAGGCAGAUAAUUUUUUCUAUUGUGACAUCUCUUCCUUGUCUUUCAUCUCACACCCUAGUGAUAGAUGUGAGCCCGCAUAGAAGUUUGGAAGUCCUGUAAUUACCACCCAAAUCUUUGAGUAUUGCUCCCAAACUUAAAAAAGCUGAGAAAGCCUCUCUUCAGAGUUUAUCAGUGUCGCAGACCUCUUGUUUUAUAUUAGAUACCAAACAAAGGUUCCUGGACUCACCAGAUUGACAGGCAGAGUACCCACCCUGCAGGAAAAGCUAAGAUUUUUCUAUUAUUGCUUUGGUCACAAAGUGGCUUUCUUUUGUGACAUGAAAAAUCCCUCAGCUUUUACCUCAGUAAAGGCAGGUUUUUUUCAGGAUUAGCAUUUUGAAUUUUGCUUUUUAUGGCUAUAUUAUGUGAUGUUUAUGUUGAGAUAUUAAUACUGAAAUGAAGUAAAUAAAUGUAAUAAAAUAACAGUAGUUUUCUUCCCUGGUCUCUUUGCUGUGUAGUGGGAGCAAAUCCUAACUUAAUUGUCAAAGAUGAUCAUGUUACAGCAGCAGGAAGAAUCCCCAGGCGUUACAGAAGACACUUCAGAGCAUUUUAAAGCAAAUAGCUGAUGCCUGAGAUUGCGUGAAUAAGAUUUAGAAGGCGCUGUAGAUAGGCAGUACCAGACUGGGGAGGCCGUGCUGCCAGGCAGGGAGGGCUCCCUACUCCCACGUACAGACGAGCUGCCCUGCGCUCCCCCUGGGAGGCGUGGCUUACAAUCCUGGUUCACAGCUUCGGUAUUGCUUUUCCUAAUCAGUAUUUGCCUUGCAUAACAUUUAUACUUCACUGAGUAUAUAAGGCAACAAACUGAGGAGGUAAAUGUGUGACUAGCUUGCAAAAUGGCAACUGGGAAGAACACACUGCUGCUGUCCUUGAUUCUCGCUGCCGGGGUCACAGCUCUUAUAGCUACUGG